AUGGCCCGGGAUGCCAGGCCUGUCACUGAACGUGCAGCCCACGGCAUCGCGUCGUCCCCUGUUGAACACACCAGCGUGGCAGCUGCAACCCGCGUCGCUGAGCCAAAGGCAUUCUUCAGCUGGCACGCGACGUGUCGCUCCCUUGCGUGUCCUUCGGUACAUGCGAGAAGUACUCCGACCCCUCAUCUCAAGCAUGCACCAGCCUCCCAGCCGGGACUACAAUGGUGCGAAUAA